AUGGCCAGCUCGGAAGACAUCUUCCCCGGGAAAGAAGACGAUAACACAUCUUCUGAUGCAUCAAACGAUCAGCAUAAAUUCAAAGAUCCAUUAAUUAGCGGUCUAGAUCCAAGUGACGAGGGAGAGAUGGAGAGUCUUAGUUUAGAUGCCUCUGGAAAAUCUGACCUGAGCGUGUCGCGCAGCUCCAGUCUGAUAGCCAACUUGAGUCGGUACGAUGAUGACCUUGAUGAUGAGACUCGUGACCUCUUUGUGGUUGUAGAUGACCCAGAGAAACAUACAAGCACAAUGGAGGCCUAUGUCACAUUUAGAAUUAACACAAAGACCACCAGGAGUGAGUUUGACGACAGCGAGUACUCUGUCAGGCGAAGGUAUAAUGAUUUCCUGUGGCUACGACAACGGCUAGAGGAAAGCUACCCUACACACCUAGUACCUCCAUUGCCAGAAAAGCACAGUCUACGACGCUUAGAUAGAUUCAGCCAAGAGUUCUUACAAGUACGGCAGUCAGCUCUACAGAAAUUUCUGACUAGGAUAGCUGAUCACCCAGUGCUGUCCUUUGAUACAAACUUUCGUGUAUUCCUUACUGCCAAAGCCUGGGAAUUCCAAGCACACAAGAAGCAGGGAUCUGGUAUCCUUAGUCGUGUCUCUGACUCCAUACACAACAUCAGCGCUGCCUACAUGAUGAAAAAUCGCUCUCCAGAGUUCACAAUGAUGCAUGAAUAUGUUCAGUCCUUCUCUGAUAAGCUUGGUGUUCUCGACAGAAUAUCACAAAGAGUGUCCAAGGAACAGGGAGAAUAUUUGUUAGAGAUGAAGGACUGGGGACCAAUAUAUACUCUGUGGGCAAACUCUGAGGACAAUCUUACAACCUCACUGUUGGCAAUGUCAAAGGCUGUGGACUCCAGCUGUGAUGCUCUGAAGGAAGUGAUUGAGCGGACGGAAGCAAACUUCUCACAGCCUCUCAAAGAAUACACUCUCUAUUGUGAUGCCAUCAAGGCUGUUCUACGACGUAGAGAUGCUAUCCAGAUGGAGUAUGACAUAACAAUUGAAGAGCUGAGUAAGAAAAAGGAUGAACGAGAACAGGUGAAGAUAUCAGACCAGACCUACUCCAUCGGAGCUUUUCUUGGAAAGGAUCCCGAAGACGUGAAACAACAAAAGCAAGAUAAAUUAGAACAACAAAUUACAGAUCUCACUACGCAAAUGGAAUCAUUAAAUGAUAAAACAGCUUGUGCUGAUGCAGACCUCAGGGUGGACAUGGAGAGAUGGCACAAAAACAAACAACGUGACCUCAAGGAACUCUUCAUCAAUCUAGCAGAUAGGCAAAUAGCUUACUACGAAAGGACACUAUCCUGCUGGGAAGAGGCUAUCUGUGCAAUUCAGGAAAAGAAUUUGUUUGCUCUGAAGGAAACAUCAAACACUGAUUUAUGUGAAGAAAUUGAGACAGAUGCAGAGAAAAAGGAGGAGAUGGAUUGA